AAAAGUUAAAAGUUACUUAACUCUUCAGCCACAGUCUCUUACCAAGGGAACACAUUGCCAAUUCUGCUCCAGUGGAAGAAAACAAGAUUUUCUUAAUGGACUUUCUAGCAACAUCAAUCAACCAGUUUGCCCUGGAGUUUAGCAAAAAGCUAGCUGAAUCUGCUGAGGGUAAAAAUAUUUUCUUUUCUCCCUGGGGUAUCUCAACUUCCUUGGCCAUGGUGUAUUUGGGCACUAAAGGUCCCACUGCAGCACAGAUGGCCCAGGUGCUUCAAUUUAACAGAGACCAGGAUGUCAAAUCUCAUCCUGAAAGUGAAAAGAAAAAGAAAGGGGAAUUCAACUUGGGCAAGAUUGAAGAAAUACAUUCUGAUUUCCAAACUCUUACCUCAGAAAUCCUCAAGCCCAGCAAUGCCUACAUACUCAAAACAGCCAACCGGAUAUAUGUGGAGAAAACGUAUCCAUUUCACAAUUUUGAAAGAUCAGCCCUUUAUUUCAAGCAGUCUGUCUUUCAGGGUAAGAUCCCUAAUCUCCUACCUAAUGAUUCUGUGGAUUCUAUGACCAGGAUGGUUCUGGUGAACGCUCUUUACUUUAAAGGAAUCUGGGAACAUCAAUUCUUAGUGCAAAAUACCACAGAAAAGCCUUUCAGAAUAAACAAGACUACAAGCAAACCCGUGCAAAUGAUGUCUAUGAAAGAAAAACUUAAAGUUUUUCAUAUAGAAAAGCCUCAAGCCAUGGGCCUUGAACUCUGCUAUGAGAGCGGUGACCUCAGCCUGCUUAUACUACUGCCAGAAGACAUUGGUGGACUGGAACAGCUGGAAAAGGCCAUCACCUAUGAGAACCUGAGUGAGUGGACCAGUGCAGACAUGAUGGAGUUGUGCAAUGUGCAGCUGCAUCUCCCCAAGUUCAAGCUGGAUGAGAGUUAUGAUCUCAAGUCAACCCUGAUCAGAAUGGGGAUGAGCGAUGCUUUUAGCCAGAGCAGAGCUGAUUUAUCCGGAAUGUCUUCGGAGAGAAACCUAUAUCUGUCCAAUGUUUUCCACAAGGCUUUUGUGGAAAUAAAUGAAGAAGGCACAGAGGCCACAGCUAGCACCGGGGUUGAGGUGGAUUUUCGAAUUAGACUCCGCUCCAUUGAGUUCAAUGCAGAUCACCCAUUCCUCUUCCUCAUCAGGCACAACAAAACCAACAGCAUUCUUUUUUAUGGAAGAUUCUGCUCCCCCUAACCCUUCGUCUCUCUCAUCAAACAAGACCAUUUGACAGCAU